CAGAGCAGUCGCACACAUGAAUUCUGUUGCCGCAGGACACAGCCAGCACUUGAAGGCGGGUCCCAGACGCCGCGGCUGUCUCCUCCCCUUCCGGGCGCGGCCGCUCCCGGAGCCCGCGGUGGGCAGGGCGGGCCGGCGGCAGGAUGAGCCUCCCCGCGGAGCCGAGCAGCCUCGGGAGCGGGAAGCGGACCUCGCGCCUUUCAAUCGCAGGAAAAGUAUUCGCACGGGGAUGAAGAUGGCUGUUUCCGUCUCGGAAAAUGAUUGCAUCAGCUUUGUGAAAAUGAAAUUUAUUGACAAUGUACUUUACUUUAUACCUGAAAAUUAUGAAAACCUGGAAUCGGAUUAUUUUGGCAAGCUUGUUCCUACAUUGUCAAUCAUACGAAAUUUGCAAAACCAAGUCCUCUUUAUUAACCAUGAGAAGCAGCCGGUGCUGGAGGCUAUGACCGAUUCUGACUGUGCAGAUAAUGCAGCUGAUACUACCUUUAACAUACACGUGUAUAAAGAUAGCCAUGCUAGAGGUAUGGCUGUAGCCAUCUCUGUGAUGUGCAACGGAAACCACACUCUCUCCUGCAAGGACAAAAUUGUUUCCUUUAAGGAAAUCAGUCCUCCUGAUAAUAUCAAUGACACAAAGAGUGACAUGAUAUUCUUUCAGAGAAGUGUUCCAGGACAUGAUGAUAAGAUGCAGUUUGAGUCUUCAUUGUAUGAAGGAUACUUUCUAGCUUGUGAAAAAGAGCAAGACCAUUACAAACUUAUUUUGAAAAAAAAGGAUGAAUAUGGGGACAAAUCUGUAAUGUUCACUGUUGAAAACAAAGACUAAAUAUUAAAAUUCUAUAAUUGAGGCCGGGCAUGGUGGCGCAUGCCUGUAAUCCCAGCACUGGGGAGGCUGAGGCAGGAGGAUU